UGACAACAAGUAUUAAUGCAGUUAGUUUGGUGGUGGUCACAAGAAACUAUUGCUGUGGUAACUGGUGCUAAUAGAGGAAUUGGGUUUGAGAUUGCAAGACAACUUGCCGGGCAUGGAUUGACAGUAAUACUAACAUCAAGGGACACUAGUGUUGGCAUUGAAGCAGCCAAGGUCUUACAAGAAGGAGGUUUCAAUGUGGAUGUCCAUCAGCUCGAUGUCUUGGAUCGUGAAUCAAUUUCAGAGUUUACUGAAUGGAUAAAAGAAAAAUAUGGAGGCUUAGAUAUUCUGGUUAAUAAUGCAGGUGUUAACUACAAUCUUGGGUCUGAUAAUUCUGUGCAAUUUGCACAGCAGGUAGUUGACACCAACUAUUAUGGCACCAAAAGUAUGAUUAAAGCAAUGAUACCAUUAAUGAGACCUUCUGCUGCUGGUGCUCGUAUUGUUAAUGUGAGCUCACGGCUAGGUAAACUAAAUGGCCGGCGCAAUAGAAUUCAAGAUGCAACUUUGAGAGAAGAACUAAACAAUUUGGACACUCUGUCUGAGGAACUGAUUGAUAGGACAGUGUCUACUUUCCUACAACAAGUUGAAGAUGACACUUGGCUAUCAGGUGGUUGGCCUCAGACAUUCACUGACUACUCAAUAUCUAAACUUGCUGUUAAUGCUUACACUAGGCUGGUGGCAAAAGAACUCUCUGAUCGGCCAGAAGGUGAAAAGAUAUAUAUCAACUGUUACUGCCCAGGAUGGGUGAAGACUGCUAUGACAGGUUGGGCAGGCAAUAUUUCAGCUGAGGAUGCAGCUGACACUGGAGUCUGGCUUGCCCUGCUUCCUGAUGUGGCAAUAACAGGAAAAUUUUUUGCAGAGAGACGGGAAGUGAACUUCUGAGGCAAUGAAGCUAACUAUUGCAGGGUUUAGGAAUCCGUUCUAUUCUUGAAGAUUUCAUGGCUUAGACAGCUGAAAGCAGCUUGUUUGAGAAGGUUUGUCUGCCCUGCAUUUGGCAAAAAAGAAUUGCCUUGUGGUAACUACCGACGGAUGAGAGCUAGCACCUGUUAUUAUUGAAAUGGAAAUUGGAAAACAUGGAAGGUGCAAUCUGUUUGACCUUCAAGGGAUUAUGGUCACACAUUUAACAGAGUGUAAACAGUUACUCCGAAUUUUAUGGUAAUUUUUUCAAGUCAAAAUAUGCUUAUUGCUCCUUCCCACCACUGAUGCUCUAGUUUAAGGCUCAUCAAGUAUUUUUGUUUAUGGGUUCUUUUGUAUUUGAUCUUUCAGAAUGAAGAAUAGAUAUAUGUUGAGACUACUAA